GAUAAACAUAUCGGCAGUUGGAGUAAGAUUCGUUGAGGGGACAGUCGAAUCCGGUGUAGGCCCUAUGAAGACGCAGGCGUAGCCAGUGAUGAGGUCCGUGUUACAGCAGGUGUUAUAUUGGUUUUGAGCGGGCCUGGAUGAUGGCUGAAUCCAAGAUUGGGGCAAGGCCAAGGCUGACUUGGAAGAUUCCCACCCGCCUUGAUGUUCUCCAAGACAUCCUCAGUCAAUAUCCUGAUGAUGGACAAAUCCUUAAAGAAAUUCUCCAAAACGCUGAAGACGCUGGUGCAAGUCAUGCCAAGUUCAUCUAUGAUAAACAUGAAUACACGAAAGAAGGGCUGGAUCCGAAGUUGGCCAAGUUUCAGGGCCCAGCACUCUACGCCUACAAUGAUGCGGUUUUCUCGGAUAAAGACUUUGAAAACCUGCUCAACAUACAGCACAGCUCCAAAAGAGAGGAACGUACAAAGGUUGGACGGUUCGGUCGCGGAUUCAAAUCUGUCUUUCAUAUGACAGAAAUCCCUGUGCUCCUCAGUGGCUCAUACUUUGGAAGAGUGAACCCGUACAACGAUGGAGAAAUCUGCUGGAGCCUCUCAGAAGUUCUGUAUAACAAUCCGGUUGAGUUCGAAAGUUUCUUUGGUAAAUUUGGGUUCAAUGAAGCUGCGGCCAAAAACGGAUUUUACAAAGGUACUGUGUUCCGCUUUCCUCUACGACAAGAAGUUUCUGAGUUGUGUGAAACACUGUAUGGCGAGGAGAAAAUCAAGGAACUGUUCCGGAUGCUCGAAGGCGAUGUCUACAUGAAUCUGCUGUUCUUGAAAUCUUUAGAGUCCAUUGAGGUUUUCACCCGGGAGGUUUGUGAUGAGAGUUCUGAAGGAAUGCGUGGGUUCAGUGUCGAGUUGAAAGACAUUUCUAUGGGUCACAACGAAUCAAUGGCUACUGCUUUGGAGAAGAGACAAACAUUCUUCAGUGAUCUUGAUAUGGCCACUGAUGAAGUACUUAAGGGGGAACGCAGGUUGACAUAUCAAGUUGAAUUCAAGACGUCAGCAGCGCAAGAUGAUCAAAGAUUCGUUGUGUGCCAUUAUUACAAUGGGAAGAAAGAUACACCGACACUGAAAAAGCUCCUUGAAGAUCCCAACUUUAGUUACCUUCCUCUCGCAAGCGUUGCCAUGCCAAUUGGAUGCGAUACUGCUUGGCAGACGACAGAAAGUCAGCUGUUCUGUUUCUUUCCUCUGCCUCUCCAUGACAACACUAGCCCAACAUGUCUCCCAAUCCAUGUCAACGCUUUCUUUGUUGUCAGUUCCAACAGAAGUGAAAUCAAGUGGCCGACUACAGGACAGAAUGUUGACAAGAUGACAAAAGAUCUGCAGUGGAACCGCUGUCUUAUAACAGAGCUCCUUCCACAGGCGUAUGCACAUCUUCUCGAGGAUGCCACAGCAUUACCUGAUGUCCAUCGACAUGACAUCUGCAGCGCAUUCCCGAACAUCGACCGGGUGAAUGAGAAAUGGAAGGAUACCUUGUUGCCGCCAUUCCUGAGGCAGGUUCACAUGCUGUCUAUCCUUCCAACCAGUGGCUCAACUGUUACAAAAUAUGUCUGCCUGAAAGAUGCUGUGUUAUGCCCGCCGUCUGCCGGUCCAGAGAUACGAUCUGCGCUCACCAACUUUCUGAUAGAUGCCGGGAGGAACCCAGUGUGUGUCCCUGAAUACAUGAUAAGAGCAGUGAAGUCCCACAGUCCCCAAAGUCAAGUCACAGAAGCAACUCCAAUGUAUCUCUGCCAACUGCUGAAGGAAUGCAAAGAGUACCAGUCUUAUUCAAGAGAUGAUAAACUGCGUCUCCUCCAGCACCUGUUCUCAGAAGCGGAUGACACGAUUGUUGACCUUGACCAUAUCCAGCUUCUUCCAUUGGCAAACCAAAGGUUCACGGAGUUUGAUAUAGGCAGGGCUGCCAUAUACAUCGGAACAGAGGAGGAGAGAGCCUUGCUUCCUAAUCUUCAACACAAAUUCCUGAGUGAUGAUCUUGACCCCUCACUGAAGCAAACACUCGCGCAUAGAUAUAUAACAGAUAAUACCCAGUUGACUCUGCUCCAAGCGGACGACAUCCUGGAACUACUUUCUGAAAUAAUGCCGAGGAUAGGAAGCGAAGAGAAGAUUCUCAAGCUGAAGCCAGGGAAAGAGCUAGCCCCGAGUCACCUCACGGCUCAUUGGUGCGAGAGAGUGUGGCACUUCUUUACCCGCAUCAGUGAAGAUCACCCUGAUCAUCUAGACAUGGUCAGGCACUUGCAUCUUCUUCCAGUAGUCAAUACACCGUCUGAUUUCCACUUAACGAGGUUGUCUGGAGGGGCUGUGUGCAUUGCUGCCAGCUUGCACAAUGAGGCACUUCCUGACGAGGUCAGUGAAGCCUUGGCGCACUUUGGAGUUCAUGUUCUGCAUGGUAUCCCUGAUGUCAUACGACACCAUCCAUACGUGUUUGAUAAAGGCUUUGUUCAUCAGCCGAAUGCUCUUUCCGUCAUGAUGGCCUUGAUGAAAGUACACGAAGCUAACACCAACAUAUGCAACCUGUUUAACACCAGAGCCACAAAUGACCAGAGGAGAGCACUUUUGGUCUUUCUUGAGCCACUGAGAUGUCUACAGACGACCUUGAACUGUAAGCCCCUCCUGAGGAAACUGCAGCUAUUUCAGACGGUAGAUGGUAGUGGGAAGAAACCCCAGCACCCUGCCAGCAUUGCUGAAGUAGAGGAUGGUGUGACAAGUUAUAACAUCCCAGUGAAACCAAGGUGUAAGCUCCUCGACCUCUCUCUACCAGAUACACUCUUAAUGGCGAAGUUCAUUGGUGUUAAUGUGGUGUCAGAUACCAUGAUCAUUGAGCGUUUCAUACUUGAUGACAUCAGGCAAAGAGUAUUUGGUGAGGGAGAUGUAAUAAGUGUGAUGCUGCAUGUCCUCACCGAGUUCAAAGUGCACGUCCAAAACAGUGAGACCAUCAUUGCCCAGUUGGAAGACCUUGCAUUCUUAGAAGAUGAAGAGAGACAUUACCGGAAGCCAUGUGAACUCUUUGACCCAAGUGAUGGCGCCCUGAAACAGCUGUUUGCUGGAGAAAACAAGUUUCCAUCAAAAGACUACCAUGCCUGUCUUGAGCCACUAAGAACACUAGGUUUGAAGAGAAGGAGUCAGGUUAUUGUUGAAGAUCUCAACCAUUCUGCUGCCUUGGUGCACAGAGAAGUCCAGCGUUUGAAGGAGAGGGGGCUAAGACCAAUGAUAAAACCAGGAAACAAUGUGAUGUUACUGAAGAGAAAAAGUGGUGCUAUUGCCACACUGUUUCUUGAGAAGCAAUCAAUGAAGUCCAACCAGAAGAGUCGACGUCUUAAAGAGUUGGAGUGGGUGCCGAUACAGACUGAGAAACCCAAGUCCCAUCCCAGCGAUUUGUGUUGGAAUCCUGAACAGAAACUAUUUGACAAACCAGGUUCUGUUGCCUUGACUACUUACACUUCUGUUAUUGGGUCGUCUCUGGCCAUUGCUGAUAGCUCUUUUGUUCCAGAUAGGGCUCUUGAAGCUAUAUUUGGAGUAUGGACGCCUCCUUGUGAAAAGGUGGUAGAACAUCUUAGAAAUCUGUCUCGAUGCUUUUCUACCCGCGACAAGCCAACGAUUAUGGCAAUGGUACAAGCAGUGUACGAACUUCUGAAGGAAUUUGAACCAUGGGUGAGUGUCGAAAAAAUGUUAGAGCAAAAUCUCACAGACUGGGUCUGGCACGGGGAUGGAUUUACUUCUGUUGAGUCUGUCGCUAUCAGCCAGCAGUUCAAUGAAAAUCUGACCCCAUAUGCCUACACUUUGCCGCGGGAACUGUUGCGAUUUCAUGGUUGGCUCCUAAAGAUGGGGGUGAAGCCAGAGUGUAACCCAGUGGAAAUCCUUCGUAGGAUGAAAGACUGGCACGAAGACAACAGAAACAUCUCGGUAGAGAGAGUGAACCACGACCGAUCAAUAGCUGUUAAUUUGAUCAAUAAGAUCGUGGAAGCUCAUCCCAGAGGAGUUCCAGGGAGCAUUCGGGAGGACCUCGUCCUCCCCAUUGAAUGCUCUGACGGCCAUCUUUCGCUCUUAGCAGCAUCGUCUUGCACCUACCAUGACAAAGAAUGGAAGUUGGGGGAAUUGAUAGAUGUGGAGCACGUGACCCAAGAAGAUGACGAGACCUUGCACUUUCUCCAUAGGUCUAUCUCCAAGGCAACGGCCACUGCACUUGGUGUGGCAACGAUGAUGAACAGACUUCUCGAGGGGGAUUGUGAGGGAUUUGAAUUUGCAGCUGAGUUUGAGGGAUACGGCCAAAAGCAGCAGCCAUUGACCGCUCGCCUAAAUAAUAUCUUGAAAGACUACCCCGAUGGUUUGGCCAUUCCUAAAGAACUGAUUCAGAAUGCCGAUGAUGCCGGGGCAACGGAGAUCAAGUUCAUGUUUGAUGAGCGAGAAAACGAAGAUGCGAUGACUGGACUGCUCGAUGAGGGAAUGAAACAGUGUCAAGGACCAGCAUUGUGGAUCUACAACAAUGCUGAAUUCUCAGAUGAAGACCUGGCAAACAUUCAAAAGCUGAGCGGUGCAACCAAGGAAGACAAAAAAGACAAAAUAGGAAAGUUUGGACUUGGGUUCAAUGCGGUGUACAAUGUGACUGAUGUCCCAAGUUUCGUUACUAAGGAAUAUGCUGUGUUCUUUGACCCUCAUCGUUCCCACCUCGGAAAGGCCAUGCCGAGGAAUGACACUGGUCUGAAGGUGAAUCUCUGCACUGGAAGCAAGCGAGUAGCAGAGAUCAGAAAACAGCUGUUCAAUCAGUUUGUGACCUAUAAUGGUGUAUUUGGCUGUCAGAUGGCCAAAGUCGGUGACCAGAAAACCUAUCCAGGGACGCUUUUCAGGCUUCCACUCCGGAAACCUGGAACAGUAAGUGAGAUAAAGAAUGUGCCCUACAGCCGGAAAGACAUAGUGGAACUGCUCCAGUUGCUUCUUAACAAGGCUGAUGAAUUGCUCCUAUUCACACAGAAUGUCCAGCUGAUUGAAGUACACCAUCUCCCGAAGAACAUGGACGAUCCACAAAGUGCAGUUAAACUGUACACAGCUGAGAGGAACAUGGUGAAAACACUGAAAUCGUUACCAUCUCCUCUGAUUGAAACUCUCAAGAGUUUGCCGAUGCCACAGAAAGGUUUGGGCUCUAACCUGUUGAUGCUGUCGCACUGCAUGAAUCCACGCAUGCCCCAAGAGUACCCAAAUGGUUUGCAUUUAGCAGACACUAUGCAAACCAAGCUUGAAUUCAAGAGUGCAUCUUCUACACUUGGUCUAAAGAAUGAGUCCCGAACAGUCCACUGGUUCCGAUACGGAUGUUUUGGUCUCGGACAAUCCCUCACCCUUGCUUUGAAAAGUAAGUCGGAAAUACCUGUUGCUGGUGUAGUGGUGAAGCAUUGUCCUCAUAGAGACAGUUUCCAUCCUAUGACGCUGGAUUCUGCACCAGUUUAUUGUCAUCUCCCGCUGCCCUCAUCAGUCAAGAGCGGUUUGCCGGUCAUUGUCAAUGGGUGCUUUGCUGUAAAGGCAGACCGACGCCAUCUUGUUGAACUGACAGAUGAUGACAAACAAAGUGCAAUGAACGAGUGGAAUGAACACCUUCAGGAGGAUGUCAUCACAGAGGCCUACCUUGGUGCCCUCGAACUAAUGACAAGGGAAGCACACACCCAAGCUGACCCCUACAGCCUCUGGCCAAGAAGCAGUCUCAUUGAGAAACAGUUUGAGACAUUCCACCAAAGCUUCUACACGUGUCUCAGGAUAAAAACGGGGAGAUGGUCCCCAAAGAUCUUCACUAAUGGGAAGACAUGGGUGGACUUCCAACAUGCAGUUUUCCUCGAUGAACGUCUUAUCUCUUCAGAUCUGAAACAUGUUGCAUUGCACAGGCUACAGGUUUACCUGAAUAACCAGCCUGGUGGUCGGGUUGCUAUUGACCUUCCCAUGGAUAUCAGAAAGGAAUUGGGUGACCUUACAACAAAGACAUAUUCACUCACAGGAUUCUUUGAGAAAGCAGUUCUUCCAUCCGUCACUGACCUUGAUCAACAUGAACGAGAUGCUAUGUUGCUUAUGGGCUUAAAAUGCACGAAGAAAGAUUCAGACCUCAAGGAACUGUUUCAGAGGAGUAGUUGCAUCCCUGUGCAACCAAAAGGCAUGACAUACUCAAAGCCAGGUGAUCUUGUCUCCCCCAAUGGCCGUUGUUCUUCCCUAUUUGACACAGGUGACGAUGUGUAUCCCACUGAAAACUUCUGUAACAAGGAAUACAUUGGUAUUCUUGAAAGUAUGGGGAUGAAAUCGGACCAUCUGUCCUGGGAAUGGGUGAUAAAAAGAGCUAACUCCGUUCAGAGCUUGCCAAUCGAUAGGUCAGUAGAGAGAACAAAUCAUAUACUGGCCUACAUAUCAUGGAAGCACGGACAGGGGACUAGAAGCGCUGACGACUUAGAAAAGUUGAAGCCGCUCAGGCAAGUCAAGUUCUUACCGGUCCUCAGACGGCCGGAUAAUUACCCUCUGAGGCUAAAAUGGAAAGGGGACAACUUUGGCCAGAGUCUUGUGGCUGCAGUCGAUCUGUACCUACCAAAGCACCAGAGCUUGCUUGGCAGUACUUGCCCGGUCAUAGAUGAACAACGAGUAGGAUUGCUGCAGCAAACCACAAAAUCUAGACUUUUUCUUGAGGAAGUACUUGGCCUAAAGGAGAAAAAGCCAAUGGUGUGUGAUGUCAUCACACAACUUCAGGAGGUAUCACAAACAGACAACAUUUGCACCUGGAUUAAAGAUAACACUAUGCAUGUAUACAGUUACAUCAACUCAUGCUGCUCAGCUGAAACAAAUGAUGCAAGAACGCUGGUUGCCAGGGAGUUAGGAAAGUCGAAGUGCAUCUUGGUCGAUGACUAUUUCAUGUAUCCUGAACACUGUGCCAUCAACUUCCUGUCAGAGAUUCCACCGUUCCUCAGCAAAGUGCCUUAUCUUCUGAUUUCGUACAAAUAUUUUCUAGCUGCACUUAAUGUAAGAGACUCGUUCGAACCGAUAGACUUUGUUAAAGCGUUGCACAGGAUUGAUUCAAUUGGUGCUGGUGUAACCACAGUCAGAGAGAUUGCAGAAUGUCUUCACAAUCUGAUGAAAGAACGGGGCGCCUCAAUUGAAGAGGUGGUAGAGGAUUUUGACAGCCAAGUGUUGCUUCCAUCGGCUUUUGGCGAAACACCCUCCUCGUGUGAGCUGCGUCCUGUUGGUUCCCUCUGCUUGAACCUAUGCCCAUGGUUAGAGAAGCCAGUUGUGGACCACAAGCUGAAGUAUGUUCAUACAGCCAUCACACCUGAGGUUGCCAAAGCUUUGGGUGUGAAAACAGACGGAGAAAACAUAUUCGAGACACUGGGUUGUGGAUUCGGGGACCCGUUUGGACAAAGAGAAAAACUGACAACAAGGAUCAAGAACAUUUUAGACGGUUACCCUUGUGAUGAGGGGAUACUGAAAGAACUGCUUCAGAAUGCGGACGACGCUGGUGCAUCUGAACUAAGAUUCAUCCUGGACACUCGUACACUAGAUGGGAAGAAGAUCUUUCAUGAGAAAUGGAAAGAAAUGCAAGGACCUGCUUUGUGUAUCUUCAACAAUCGACCUUUUACUGAGGAUGAUUUGAUCGGUAUUAGCAGAUUAGGCCAGGGGUCGAAGUCCAGAGACACAACAAAGACAGGACAGUACGGUGUCGGCUUCAACUGUGUGUAUCAUCUUACUGAUGUGCCUUCCUUCCUGACUGACGUAGAGAGAGUUGACAAGCCCAUGGUCAAGGCCCUUUGUUUCUUUGAUCCAAACUGUGGCCAUGUAAAAGGUGCCACCGAAACAAACCCUGGAAAAAAAAUUCAAGGUGAAAAAUUUGUUAAAAUGAAGGAAAUUUUCCCUGACAUGUGCCAGGGAUACUUUGAAGAUAAAUUUCACAACCCUCAAGGAUCGACAAUGUUCCGUUUGCCACUCCGCACAACCGAAGUCGCAGAAUCAUCAGAUAUAAGCACGAAAGUCAUAACGAUUGACAUGAUGGAAGGUCUAAUGAAUACAUUCAAAGAUGAGUUAUUCUACAGCCUCCUGUUUGUCAAUUCUGUCCGAUGUGUUUCAUUGGAGAGGAUAGGUCAGACAGGUCACAUUUACACUGUAAAUGUUUCAUUGUCCGGUGAGGACGAAGGGAGAUUGUCACAUUUCAACUCGCAUGUAAAACAGAUAGCAAGUCAGUUGAAAAAGAAAGAAAUCGAACUAAAGGAUUUCGAUUAUAAAGAAGUCAUUUACGCUCUACAUAUCAGUGACUCCAACGGUAGGAAAGAGACAUGGUCUGUCUGUCAAUGCAUAGGCUUCAAAGGGGAUUGCGUUCCACAAGUUGUCGCGGAUGCAGUAACCACUGGAGAUAUAGCAUUGUUACCAAGGGGAGGAGCAGCUCAUCGGCGCAAAAACUACCAAACUUCGCAUCACCGCCUCUUCUGUUUCCUGCCUAUGCCAGUUGAUACUCCACUUCCUGUUCAUUUGAAUGGACACUUCGCCCUCGACCAAGAAAGACGGGCCCUUUUGGAUGACGUUGAGGGGAAAGCCAUUGGGUUUAAGCAAGCCUGGAAUACCAUGCUGAUGGAACAGGUGAUACCACACGCGUACAUUUCACUUGUGACUCGGGUAUGCAACCUCCUUUCAUCUCGAGAAAUGGUAGAAUCUACCCAACUGAUAUCAUUCUACAGAAUGUUCCCUGAGCCAGAUAAGUCACACAGCAAGUACAUUCAGACCUUGUGUGAAGCAUUCUAUACCAUACUGAAGACAAAUGACUUGAGGUUUCUCGCCGUACAGAUCCCAACAUCAGAAAGAAUAGAACCAAGGUGGUUUUCAGUAAAACAGUGCACGCAAGGUCAAGCCUUCUUUGACAAUACCGAAAAGCCAUCACGUCUUUUAGACAAACUACUUUCAUCUGAGCAUCAACAUGCUACUUCGACUGGAGAUAUUCUCUGUAGGAUAGGCUUCAACCUGCUAGCAAUGGAAGUUCCACGGUUCAUUCAUAACGCAUUGCUAUUGUUGGGUGCAAAUGUUCUUGAGGUAGAGCCAGUGCAUGUCCUCAACUUUCUGUAUAGGUACAAAGAUGACAAGUCUUGCAAGCUGAAAAAACUACCAGUGAAAGUGAAGAACACUCCUUUCAAAGGACUCGAUGACUUGGUGAAGCUAACUGGAUAUUGCUGCAGCCAUACAAAGGAUGAGUCCAGAUCUCUGCAAGGUCUUCCUCUUUGUGCUACUAAAGAUGGAUUCAUGCAUGAGUUUCAGGCCGAGCCUGGUAUAUUCAGUCCUCGGUUCUCCUCCCUGGUGCCGCAGCAUCCAGCCAAGUUUCUUGAAGCCUCAGUUUACCGUUCUAUCCUGCUAGCAAGAGUUCAGGCAAGCCCCUGUUGUGUCAAGCAUUUAACCAUAGAAACCAUUGUACCUUUCCUAACAACAGGCUACAGCAAGCUUCUCGAUAACUACCGCUGGAAUUGGGAUCCCAACUCAAAUACUGGGCAGAAGCAACUGAGAUGGAUCCAGACCCUGUGGAGGUUUAUCCAGGAAGAUGUUGGUGACAUGGAUGGUGUUAGACUGGAACUCCUGAAGGAGUUCUGCAUCAUACCAACGCAGGUGACAAACGGUGGAAGGGUUGAAUCAUAUCUAUACCCAUUGAAGGACGUUGGGAGUGUUGUUGACCUAUCCACUCCUGCAGUUUACUUCGAUCAAACUGUGCAGGAAAUUGUGCGUUGCGCUGGUGUACCAAUACUUGACCUGUCUGCUUGCCCAAAAGAUAGGAAGACUGAGGAAAUGCCACGGAAUCUUGUGUCUAAUGUCAGAGAUGCAAGAGGCAUUCUGAAGGCUCUAAGUGGCUUGACACUUCAUGCAAAUAGUGCCAAUCAACUCACGGCCAUCAUGCGAGAUCGGAAAAAUGCAUCGGCGAUCGUUAAGUACUUGUCUCAUUCGUUGAAAGACAACUGUACAGAGGAAGAGGCUGAACAGUUCUUAUCGUUACCAAUUCAUGCGAUUGCCAGUGGUAAUGUUGUCUCACUGCGAAACUGCUUCGUAUACCUUGUUCCAAAAGGCCUACCAAAAGCGGGUCUUGAUAACUGGUAUAGUGAAGAUAACCAUAGACCAGAGCAAUUCAUUUUCACAGAUGAUGACGACAUUCAUGCGAUGUACAAGAACAUCGGGAGUAUUGAAAAGACGAAGGUAGACCUUUAUGCAGAGUUGAUACUGGUCAGUGUCAAUUUCCAACACUUCCUUAAUGAUGAAGAAAAGCUGGAGCACCUACGCUAUAUCAAGGACUGGCUACUUCCAUUUAUCAAGCCAGACAAAAAAGGAAAGAAAGAGAAACAGGUUCUCCUUGCAGCAUUACAAAGCCUCCCAUUCCUUAAGGACAAGGAUGAAGUGUUUAGACAGGCGAAAGAGUUCUUCAGCCCCUUCGAUUCCUUGUUUCAAGUGAUGGAGAAAUCGUUUCCACCAAAGGCAUUUCAUCACGAUGACUGGAUCGAGUUCCUUGGUGAAUGCGGUCUACGCCACCGGGUUACUGGAGAGGACUUGGUGCGAUAUGCGAGACAAGUUGAAGAGGAAGGAAAGCGUCCUACAGAACAGACAGAAACGAAGGCGAUGAUGAUUUGUGCGAAACUCCCAGAACUUGCUCACGAGAAAAAAGUCUUGUUUCAAGUAAAAGAUAUCAAGUUCCUCCCGAUUGGGAAGAUUGGUAUACCAUUCUCUGACCUCCACCAUCAAUACAAACCAGACCAGUCUGAGUACGUCUCCUUUGAGAAGAGUGUGUUCUACACUGAUUAUAAGUACUGCUGGACUGUCAGGAAGGUACUUCCGCAGUGGCUGCAGUCUGAUCUGACAUAUAGCGAGUUUCAAAAACAAUUAAACAUAGCAGCAGUACGACAGAGACCAAUACUGUUGGACCAAGCAACAGUUUCAGCUCUUCAGAUGCAGUGUCCAGUUCCUCCAACAGAUGUCGUCGCACAUGUUAUUGAACUGAGCAGUUGCCUUGCUGGUAACUCCAAUAGAAGUACGAGAAUGACUAAAAUAGUCAUGGAGGCUCUGUAUAAAAACCUUGAUGACAGACAAAACGAAAUCGCUCAGGGCGAUCUGGACAAACUAGCCAAGGUUCCAUUGAUAACGGUAGAUAAUGGAAAGCGUCUAGUUCGUCCAAACCAAGUUGUUGUGAAACUUCUCGCCGACGAUGCCAUUGAACCGUACCUGUACGUUCUUCCAGAACAGGAACUGCUGAAAUAUGCACAGUUCUUUUCUAAGAUUGGCGUGAAGAUGGAAGUGGACUGCAAACAUUUUAUGAACGUCCUCCAACUUAUAAGAGAGGAAUGUACGAGUGGAGUAGAGAAUGUGACACAACUGGAUCCCAAGCAGCUGGAAGCAACCGAAAAGGCCAUCAUACGGUUCUUCAGCCGCCUUGGGUCGACCGAUGGCGGUAAAACAAGACUGGCUAAACACACUCAGCUGUAUCUUCUUAGCAAGAACCAUACUCUAGAGCUAUCCACCAAGCUUGUUCAAGUGGACAAAUUGAGCUGGGAUAUAAACAACCGUAUGGCUCGAGCGCAAUGGCCACUGUCCAUCCUCAAAGUUACUACCCGUCUGCAUGAUGCGUACGCAAACUUGUCUAAACUUCCUGAAGUGUUGCAACCAAAGUUGCUAUCUGACCUGGUGGAGGAAGAUAUUGAUGAGAGCUGCCUUGCGAGCGUGGAGAAUAUCGACGAAGAGGACACAUUAGAUCAUUCUGCUCAUGUCAACAGUGAGGAGUUCAGGGAUGGUCUUAACCGAAUUUUGCGCCAAGAAUUAGGGGCCGAGACAGGAGGUAGCUUUGAAGAAUAUUGGGACAGACUACUGGAUGGUUUGACCAGUAUUUCAUUUCACUCAGUUGUUGGGCUGCGCACUGUUCUGAAGAUGAAGGACGGUGAUACAAUAAAAAACAGCUCUGUAGAAAACAAGCUUGGUAUAUUCAUCAAGACAUUGCCCGAUCAUAGAGGAGCUAGAGUUUACAUUGAAAGAGGGAAAGCAAACUUCACAAAAGAAGAUCAUUUUGUAGCGUUAUUCAUAGACAUAGUGAGCAGCACCUUCCCUAGAGUAAGUGAGGUAGUGAAGAAUUUACUCGGGCGGUUAAUCAAGUGGGACACCCCAGAUAUUUCAGACAGGCUCGAUCAAGAGAACAUCCGACCAUUAAGCUGGUAUGAAGAGACACUCAUUCCCAACCCGGGUGAGGUGAUCCAAAGGACACUGCAUGGAAUCCUGAAACAAGACAUCGGAAUCUUCAAAGAAGGUGAUAUUGUUGGUUUCAAGACAGCAGGUCCAUUCUCAGAAGAGUUUGUGUACGCCAAGGUAAUUUCCUGUGAAGGGGGAUAUGGGGACGACUUCCAGAAGUACAAGGUCGACAUCGGUGUGAUGCAGGUCGUGGUCUUUGCGUCCGACAUCUACAAAUUCCAUAGAGAGAAGCUGACUUCCUGUAUGGAGGCGGAGGAGGAUGAGGUUGACUUUGACAAGGUCAGACAGCAGUUGGCGACGGACAUUGCGUUCGCUUACCAGAACCUGUCUGUUAAGGAAAGAGCUGCUUGGGUGAUACGUACAAUCUCAAAGUGGCAGCCAGAUAAUAACCCGAGUCAGGAACAAAUCUGUCGACAAAUUCUAAAGUUCGUCGAGGGUAGAAUCGCGGAAGAAGAAAGCAAGCGUUCAGACGAAGAGGAUAGCGAUGAUGAAACGGAGACCAAGAAAUCGGCUAGCAACAUGAAGAAGGUGUUUGAAUACACAGCCGAGCGAGCAAGGGAACACAAGGAGCAUAUUCAGCAGCAGAGAAAGUGGUUGGAAUCCAACUCAAAAAUGUCAAAAUCGUUGAAAGAUCCUGUGAACUACGAUUUCUUUCGGUUCCUAGGUGAGGCUGGCGAUGUAGGGAAGACGUCAGGAAGUGGUGGCCAAGAGUUCUAUGACCGCGCCUUCAAGCAGUUCAGCAGACGACACAUUACUUAUUCCAGUAACACAUCUCCGAUACAGCCAAGACUAUUGCGAAACCCAAGACCAGAAGAGGCCAGGCAGUGGUUCCAGCAGGCUGAGGCAGACUUGAAUGCUUCAAGGAAUGAUUCGACCCCUGUAGAUAAAGCGUACGAAUGGGCCGUCUUCAAAUGUCAUAGGGCGGCAGAGAAAGCCUUAAAGGCAGCUUACCUGACCAAAGGCGGUGAUAAUUCCGCCAGCCACGACUUGAAGCGUCUCGCCAGUCGGGUUGGGGAUUCUGAACUGUCAUCUCUUGCCAGGCAGAUAGCAGACAUCACUGGUGACGGCACCGACCUGCAGUAUCCCAGACAGGGCCAGAUACCUCACGUCCGUCUUAGCGAGGACACUUACACAGCGGCACACCGGCUGACAAAACGUCUCCUGAGGACAAUUCACGACCGGUUCUUUGCGUUAUAGUCAUGAUAAUGGGAUGUUCUGGUUUUACUCACAGGUUCUAAUUUCCGGCAGUUGCACUGGGUGAUUUUUAAGCUAAUGGUAAAAUGUGACACUUACACUGAUAUCCUCUGGAACCAUAGAGUAAGGUGGAAUACAAAGAAUAAACUAGUGACGGUAUGUCUUACUGCUGGUCUCUGUGUCAGUACAAACACCAGCAUCACCAGUUUACACAAGUGACCCCUUUUGGUAGAAUAUCUAACUAGAAAUAGAAAUUGGUGUCAGUGUUGUAGAAACCACAAGAACCAGCAGAAUGUCUUGAUUUAGGUCCCUUUUUAAAACAUUGUUAUCAAUAUCAAGAAAUACUAGAAUACUGAUGAAAUGACGAUUUUUUUAUAUACACAACCUUUAAAAUAAGCUCCUUUAAAGGUGUUUGUGUGGACAUGAAGGACUUGAAAAACUGUAAACCAUGAAAUUCAGAUUUAGAGAACAAUUGACCUGCGGGAUCCAGAGACUCACUAAGCCUUUUACAAUGAUAAAAGUUGGAUAUGGCUUUACUAUAUCUGACGCCGGUUAUAAUGGACCAGUUAGCGGUAUGCUAUAAGGUAUUUUUCAUAACGCAGUGUUAAUGCUUUGAUCAUGCCUCGUAUCGUGUGACCAGAGGGCAUGAUUUUGCCAACCUAAAAUUACUAUUGGAAUGAUGCAUAUAUUUUUUAUUUCGUUUAAAAAUUAUAAUUGGUUCAAAAGUUAUGUUCUCUUCUUGAAUCUGUUUUUAUUAGUAAGAUGCUGGAAAAUCAUGAGGACAAACAAUAGCUGUUUUAGAUGUCACAAAAGGUUUGAUAAGCCAUAAUGAGCAUGCUUAUUUGGACCGUAUCGAAUUCAGAAAUAGAGAUAAAAAAACGGGAUUAGUGUGACUCAUGUAACCACUGAACUUGUAGAAAAUGAAUGUAAUAUAUCAAGUAAUCAGUAUUUAUGAAUACCUGGUAAUAUGCGUAGUUGUCAUCUCAUAUACUACUAAUCAAAUCACAAAUAUUAUAAAUAUGUGACAUCACCGCAUAAGUUAGUAUAUUUCCGACGUUCACAGGACGGCACUUAAAUCAUUAUCCAUUCUUGAUAACCUGAUUGACAACUAAAUUUGGGCGAAUGAGGUCCAAUCCUCUAGCCACUACCGGAAUUAUGUAGGCAUGGUAUUGUGUUUUUGAUUUUGUUCAUAUGAACGGUUAUAAUUUAUAAUUUUGAUGGUGUAAGGUUGAUAUUAAUGCAAAUACAUGUAAUGAAAUAAGAUUUCGCCGUA